CUAACUAAAUUGUGACUGCUUUGUUAAGUUGAAUAUAUUAAAAAAGUGAAUUUGCUACGCAGGCAACAAAGAAAAGCGUUUAUUAUUGCUACAGUUCAAGAUGGCGAACGAUGCGAGUAAGCUGCAGUUGUCGUCGCAGCAGGAGAAAACCAGUCAUUAUACAUACCUAAAGGAGUUCCGCGUGGAGCAGUGUCAGUCGUUUUUGCAGCACAAAUGCAAUCAGCAUCGCCCCUUCGUCUGCUUCAAUUGGCAUUUUCAAAAUCAGCGUCGUCGGCGGCCCGUAAGAAAGCGCGACGGUACCUUCAACUAUAGCGCUGACAAUUAUUGCACCAAAUAUGAUGAGACAACUGGCAUUUGUCCCGAAGGAGAUGAAUGCGCCUUUCUGCACCGCACAGCCGGAGACACCGAGCGUCGCUAUCACUUGCGCUACUAUAAGACAUGCAUGUGCGUACAUGAUACAGACAGUCGCGGCUAUUGUGUAAAGAAUGGACUGCACUGUGCCUUUGCACAUGGCAUGCAGGAUCAACGUCCGCCUGUUUAUGACAUCAAGGAGCUGGAGACGCUACAAAAUGCUGAGAUAACUUUGGAUACUAGCAAUGCACAGAACGCACUUGACAAGGAACGCAAUCUAAUGAAUGAGGAUCCCAAAUGGCAGGAUACCAACUAUGUGCUUGCCAACUAUAAAACUGAGCCAUGCAAGCGUCCACCGCGCCUAUGUCGCCAAGGCUAUGCCUGUCCACAGUAUCACAACAGCAAGGAUAAGCGUCGCUCACCCAGGAAGUACAAAUACAGAUCAACUCCAUGUCCGAAUGUUAAGCAUGGUGAGGAGUGGGGCGAGCCCGGCAAUUGUGAGGCUGGUGACAACUGCCAGUAUUGUCACACACGCACUGAGCAGCAGUUUCACCCGGAAAUCUAUAAAUCCACUAAAUGCAAUGAUGUACAACAAGCGGGCUACUGUCCACGCAGCGUCUUCUGUGCCUUUGCACAUGUGGAGCCUUAUCCAGUCAACGAGCUAAAGAUGCGUGAACAAAAGUUGUCAUUUAACGAACUCAUUACCAAUGGCUUGAAUGAGUUGAAGGCUCAAGAAGAGGUCACAAAUGGCCAUCUGCAUCCUGGACUGCUGCAGCUGAGCAGCGUAAAUUCGUUUAAUGGUACAAACAAAAUGUUGGUAGAUGCUUUGGAAAACACAUCAAAUUCCAGCAAGCUCUUAAACAUCUCACUACCACUGGACAACCAUUUAGCUUGCCCUUUGGAGGAUCCGCGCGAAAAUUCGCUUUCAGCGAGUCUGGUAAACACGAGUUUAUUAACACGUUCCUCGGCGCCAAUUAACAUUCCUAAUACAACACUAAGUAACUCUAUUAACGACUUUAACUCUGGUGGCUUCGCCGUCAACAUUCCCAGCAGCUCGCUCACCUAUAGUCCAACAAAUCAUGCCAAUAUCUUCAAUGUCUAUGGCAAUUCCAACAAACUAAGCAAUUCACUCUCUGCUGCCACACAAAAUGACAGCAGCAGCAUCUUCUUUCCAUCGCACAUCAGGUCACCGGGAUUUGGUGAAGGCUUGUCCAUUAGUCCAUCAGUGCGUAUAUCGGAAUUAAACACAAUACGUGAUGAUAUUAAUAGCAGCUCGUUGGGCAACAAUUUGUAUGAGAAUACGCUGAAUACGGCCAAGAAUGCUUUUAGCUUACAAUCGCUGCAAUCCCAAAAUAAUAGCGAUCUAGGCCGUAUCACUAACGAAUUGCAUACUAAGAAUGCGCAGUUACAAAAGCUAUCCGUGCGUCUGGAAGAUCUUAUGUGCAAACUAAAGAUGACCGAACAUCAUCGCGACAAGGCUAAGCAGGAUGCGUUGGAUUGGAAAGAGCGCCAUGAUCUAGUUCAGAUACAGCUCAAUUUGCCAGGAGAGUUGCGUGAUCUAUCUAUACAGAAGCUAAAGCAAUUGCAGUCCAAGCUGCGCUCUGAUUUGGAGGAGGUUGAUAAAGUAUUAUACUUGGAGAAUGCCAAGAAGUGCAUGAAAUGCGAGGAAAACAAUCGCACUGUAACACUCGAGCCAUGCAAUCAUCUGUCCAUCUGCAAUACCUGUGCCGGCUCCGUUACCGAGUGCCCCUACUGCCAGGUGCCGGUAAUAACAACGCAUACAUAGAAUUUGUUUAAUGCCCAGCAUGCAUGGCUCAGACUUUGGAGCUGAAAACACCCGAAAUAUUGACAAUGUGUGUUAGGAACUAUAUUUAAUUAUAAGCAAAAUGUGUAACGUUUGGCACUUAAGCCAGUUAGUACUUUAAAUUUGUGUAUUUUGGAGCAACCAUAAGUUACAUUAAUCUACAUAAGCAAAUUAUCAUGGAUAUUAGCAAUUACUAGGCACAAAAUAUGUAAUUGAUUUAACAAAUUGCUAUGCAUUUGAAACUUACAAUAUUUUUUCUAAUCAACUCUACAG